AUGAGCAAGUCUGCUCAAAUGCUGUCAAGGUACAGGCCCCGUGCCCCUAUCCUGGCAGUGACCCGCUGUGGCCAGACUGCUCGCCAGUGCCACCUGUGGCGCGGCAUCUACCCCGUCAUGUACACCAAGCCCGCCAAUGAUGUGUGGGCUGAGGAUGUGGACUUGCGUGUCAACUUUGCCCUGGAAGUUGGCAAGCACCGCAAGUUCUUCAAGUCCGGUGAUGUGGCGAUUGUGGUGACUGGAUGGCGCCCAGGCUCUGGCUACACCAACACCAUGAGAGUUGUGUUGGUGCCUUAAAUUUAGAACAUGGACAUGAAUAAUUAUUUUAAAAGUUUAAAUCACCCUGCUCCUCUGUCAAAAACGCCCACUUCAUUGAAGGACUCAAGAUGGCGUCAUUCAGUAACAACAUGAUUCCUAACAAGCUUAUGUGCAUUUUACUGUCCAGAUCAUGCUUUGAGCUGACCACAUUUUUCGAGCCUUUCUGUUCUGUAUUAUAAAGUGGAUGAACGGGCAGGUGGUGAAAGUGUGGUUAUGUUUUGUAAAGCAUGACUUGGUUUCUAUCCAUUAAAAUACUCCUUUCCUA